AUGCUUUCCUUCUUCAGACUCGGGGUAUCCUCCAAACGCCCCACCGUGUUAGACGCUUCCACCCACAAAACAGCCACCGAGUUCCCUCCUAUUGUUGACCUCAAUAUCCUUGGAAAAGAGUCCCAGGAGCUCAAAGAAACAGUUGGAUCUUCGAAGGAGACGCGUUCAAGGUUCAGCCUCUGGCCAUCGGCAAAAACCGCUGCUCCCACAAUUGAAACGGCGCCCGCCUUGAACCCUGAUACCACCAAGGUCAUUGCCAUGAAAGCAAUUGGGUGCAACACUGAUGAUGAGUUCAUCGAUAUUCAGGUCCGCAAGCUUUCCUACGCUGAGGCGGCUUCGUUGAAGCUCACAGAGUCAUUGACUAUGAAGCCUUCUCCCUCCUCCAAAGUCGCGGCUGCGGCCUCUGCAAAGGCACCAAAUGUCGUGAUUGACCACGAUACAGAGUUAGAGAAUUCAAUUACGGAUUUCGAACUGGCAAACGAAUUGGGAAAUACCAGGAAGUUCCGUGACGAUCUCCUGGCCUACGAGGAAAUGACUGCAAACCCAGAGGUGGACUUUGAGGAUGCCCUGGAGAGAGAGAACGUGGUUGACCACAGAUUCAAGAAGAGCAUUAAGAGAAUGAAGAAGCGCAGAGGGUCCAAUAAGAAGUGA